ACCGCAUCAGCGAAGGCGGCCGUAAAACUCGAGGCCGCUCCCAAGCCCGCAGCGACCGCCGCGGUGACGCCGCCGCCGCAGAUUGUGGAGGAUGGGACCCCGCGCCAGCAGUGGGCGUUCGUGCGGAAGGUGUACGUUGUCAUCUUCCUGCAGUACUGGCUUGCGGGUGGCAUCGUCGCCGUCACCUGCUACGUGCCCGCCGUCCCGCGCUUCUUCAAGUCCCCCCACGUCGCCGUCUAUUUCGCCUUCAUCGCCAUCGUCGUCGCCCCUUCAUCGCGUUAUGGCCGAUGAUCAAGUACAGGGAGAAGCACCCGGUGAAUCUGCUGCUGCUUUGCCUCGUCAGGUUCUGCUUCAGCCUCUGCAUCGGCAUCCUGACCUCCGUCUUCAUCCCAAUUGGUAUCGCGGUUUUGCAAUCUAUGAUUCUUACAGAAGUUGCUAUGAUUAACCUCAUCAUCUACACAUUCUGGGCAGCCCUAAGACACUACAAAGUCACCUUCCUGCUCCCCUUCCUGAUCAACCAUCUCCUCAUAUUUGUGGUCUACCUGACCAUUCAGGUCAAUUGUCCUCUGGGAAGCGCCAACAUGACCGCAGUCGGUUGCUGUGUCACCAUGUUGUUCGUUCUCUUCAUCAUCCAUGACAUGGACCUGCUGAUCAAGCGUCACAAAUACAAGGAGCACAUCUUUGCUGCAAUAUCACUAUACCCGGACCUCAUCAACCUGGUCGUUUCUUUUCUGUUAUCACCCAGUAAAUGAUUGUGCAUCGAAUAGUUGUACAAAUGUAGCAAAUGGUUUUACAUAAUCUUACUAUUAUACCCUCAAGGUAUAUUGGACGAAAUGGAUCUGCAUAGGGCGGUCCUAGUUGGUGGGCAACUGCAGCUGACUUUAGUGGAGAACUGGAGAUUAUAAACAGUUAAACACUACUACUAGUGGUUAAGUGCUGCUA